UGACCUAUUACCACCGGAAGAACUGGUAAAAAAAGGCACGUGCCUUAGGCGUGCCUAAAAUUACCUGGUUAAUGGACCAACUGUCCAUAUUUAAUUUUUGACCGUUAUUUUCUCCAUUAAAAUCCCACCCCCACACAUCUCUCCUCAUCUCCCUGCUCACAUCUCUCCUCAUCUCUCUACUCCUCUCUCUACUCAUAUCUCUUCCUGCGUUCUUCAAUGGCGUCGAACACCACAACUGGCUCUUCUUCUUACAGGUCUAGGUCCACAAGGUCGAAAAGUGGUGGUCAGAUGGUGUGUUAUCAUCAACAAAUUGCGCCCAUUAGGGUUGUUAGGGUUGAAGGGCCAACAAAAGGCAAACGGUUUUAUGGCUGCGCUUAUUGGCCUGCAACCUGUGGGUUCUUCAAAUGGGCAGAUGAGUUGGAUGAUGUGGGUGAACUCCAACAUGGGAUAUUUGUAAGGGAUGGGUUUAUUCAAGAACUUGAAGAUCAGAAUAUUUUGCUGAGAGAGAAAAUAAAGAAGUUGAAAAUGAAGCAGGAAAAGUUGGUGGAUGAAGUUGAGGAAAUGGGUAUUGCCACAACUGAAACUCUGUAUGAGUUGAAAUCCAACACCACUGAGAAGAAGUUGUUGUUUGUGUUCAUGUCUUGGGUUUUUUUUGCAAUUAUGUUCUUGUUGAAGUAA